GUCAGGUAAUACAGGUCUCAAAAGGCAUAUGGCGGACGUUUUAUAUAUUUUUGCAUUGAAAACUGAUAAAUUCUUUUAGUUAUGAAUAUCUUGUGACCGCUAGAGCGUAUUUGUUAUAUUUAGAUGAUAAUCGUUAGUUUUUAAUGUGUAAAUAAGUUUAUUAUACUAAAAGUUCUGUACAUAGUAUUUUCGUUCGUGGACGUUUUAUCCGUAUUGUAUAGUGAAAAACGAAAAGUCUGUGAUAUAAACAAUACAUAGGUGAUAGAAUAAUUUGCUGUACACUUUUGUAAAUAUUGUAUAAAUAUUUUAGAAUUUUAGUAGAGUUAAUAUAUUGAGCGAAGACUGAGGUAUUUAGUGCGAGUUUGCAAGCUAUGUCAGCUGUGAGUCUAUUGUCUACAUUGAAGGAGAAACCAACGGACGACAACCAAAUAGAUGAAGUUAACCAAUCAGGUCACGACGAGAGCGGCACGUCAGGCGGCGGCGGCGGCGACCCGGCCGUCCUGGCGGUGGGCCCGGCGCGCCGCCCGCUGACGUACACGCGCGACGAGCUGAUGCGCCUGCGCAACUCGCCGCUCGUCAAGCACGGCCUCGAGAACGCGUUCGCGGGCAACGACGCUAUCGCGCUAGUACUGAAAAAACGAUCUGAUUCGCCACAUGAAGAAGACAAGGGAGCCAAGGGCGAUGCUCCUAACGAGAACCAUAAGGGGAUAUACGGGCGCGAGCGGGACCGCGAGCGGCGCUCGGCGGACCCGCGCGAGCGCGUGCGCAAGGAGAGCGAGACGACCGGCCGUCGCAUCGGCUCCGGUCGAAUAAUGGUACGCGACGUGCCCACCGCCGGCUGGGAGGAGACCGAGUACCGGCCCGCCGAGAUCUACCGGCCGCCGGGCGCGCUGCGUGACCGCGAGCGUGACCGUGACCGCGACCGCGACCGUGACCGUGACCGUGACCGUGACCGUGACCGCGAGAGGGAGCGUGACCGUGAAAGGGAGCGUGAGAGAGAGCGCGAACGGGAGAGGGAGAGAGAGCGGGAGCGGGAUGAGCGGCGGCCUAAUGGGGAUAGGUUCGAGCGACGUUCGUUCAGCAGGGACUCCUACACCUCUGACAUCAAGAGGGAGAGGGACGAUCGAUUCAACAACGAGAAACAUAGGGACCGGCAAGACAACCGCAGGUCAGGUGGUCGCUAUUCUCAACGACGCUUUGAGAAGGAAGAUGAACCAGAAUGGUUUAGCGGAGGGCCGACAUCUCAGCUGGAGACGAUAGAGUUGCGCGGAUUCGACGAACCCAUCAAGAAGAGUAGUAGUUGUAGUAACAAGGAUAACGAGAAAUGGACAAACAACAACGGCGCGCACUCGCCGGUGGAGAAAUGGCGCAAGGACGCGUCGUCGCCGAUCCCGCAGCAGAACGACACGGCGACCACCGCCAGUGACAAGGACUCGGGCGUCGAGUCGAAGCCCGAAGAGCCGGCGGCCAACAACGACCAGCCAGAGUUUAACCUGGACGAGUUCCUCAAGUUGGACUCCAUACCUGACGUGCUUACCAACGGUACUGGCGAGACGGAGGAGAGCCGCUUCAGCCGCUGGUUCCGCAGGGAGAGCCCCACCGGCGACGCCAAGCACUACGAGAGGCUCAUGCACAAUAUGGUCGACGACCUAGACAGCUCAACGCAGCUAGACACCCCGGCGGGCAUGCCCAUGGGCGUGGGCGGCGGCCUGGCCAUGGGCGGCAACGGGCUCAGCGCGCCCGUGCCCGGCUUCGGCGACCAGUUCCAGCAGACCGCGCCACCCUCCUUGCUGGACCUGCUCAGGCGGGCCAACGCCCAUCCCGACAAUAGGCCUGAGGUGAACGCUGGAGUGGGCAAGAUCCACAGCCUGGAGGAGCUGGAGGCGAGACUCAGACCGCCGCCGGCCGCCGACAGAUCCGAUCUCUCGGCGUUUAAACGACUCCUAGCUCAGGUGUCGGGCGGGCACGCGGUGCCAGCGGAGAACGCGCGCCAACACCCGCAGCACCAACACCAACAGCACCAACACCAACAACACCAGCAGCACCAACACCAGCAACAGGCGCCGCACCCGCAGCACAACCCGCUGCCGCAGCCAGCGCAGCCGGCGCAGCCGCCGAUGAGUUUACUCCAGAUGUUGAACAAGAGCAUGGAACAACAGCAGCAGCAGAAGGUGCAGCAACAGCAGCAGCAGCAACAACACCAGCAGCAGCCGCACAUCCCGCAGGAGCUCCUAUACAAGCUCCUUCAGGUGCAACAGCGGCAGCAGCAGCCGCCGGCGCACGCGGAGGGCGGCGCGCUGUCCGCCGCCGACCGCGAGCUGCUGCAGCGCCCGGAGGCGCAGGCCAUCAUACACGGUCUGAAGGCGGGCGAGAUCACGGUGCAGCACCUGAUGCAGCAGCUCGGCAACCCGGGGCUGCAGAGCCGCCACCGCGAGGUCCUGCUCACGAUCCUGCGCCUGCAUCACCAGCAGAGACAGCAAAUGGUCGGUUCACCGCUGCCCGGCGUCAACCCGCACCUGGGAGUGCCUCAUCACCAGCAGCUCAGGCUGUCACCAAUACCACAACCCGUGUCCGGCCGAAUCCCGUCGCCCCGCGAGCUGAUCCACCCGCAGGCGCUGAUGCAGGGCGCGAUGCUGAAGAAGAAGAUCGAGGAGCGCCGCCGCCAGGAGAUACAGCACCAGCAGCAGAUCAAACACCCGACGCCCAUCUCGUUCACGCCCACCUCGGUGUUACGCAAAAUGACCGCGGAAAAGGAGUCGGAUGCGCCGAGCCCGAAGCAGCAGUGGAACCAGCCGCACAAGCUGCCGCAGGGGAGGCCUAUUGUCAAAGGAAAUCAAAGUGGAAGUGCGCCCAUGGGAUAUGCACCCUCGCCUACUGAAUACCAACAGCAUUAUAUGAAUCAACAGCCAAUGUCCGGUGGUCGUCCGUUCCCCCAUCAGCAAACUAGACAACCUGUUAAUAACUCAUUCAACAUGAACAAUCUGAGCAGAGGCCUCUCCGGUGGUACCACUCUCCACCAGUUGCUUGUGCAGUCCCACCAGAGGUCACUUAAUGAUGUAAACAGCGGCGGUGGCGACAACCAACUAGCGAAAUGGUUCUCGCCAGAAUUGCUAGCUCGAGCUUCCGAGGGCAAGUUACCUUCAGUGCAUGUUCCAAACGCGCUGUCUUUAGAAGACCUCGAGCGGCAUCACCACUCACCGGCGCCGCCUGUGCGCAACUGAGCCGCGCUCACCUGGAUCGACGUUUAUAUACCCAUCGCCAGUGACAUUUCAAAGUUCCACGUUCUAAUUUCAAAAUUUGUUUGCCCCCCUCAUGAAGCUUCCUUUGGACUAUGACACAUUUAGGUUUUCAUAUUAAAAAUUCGAACACGUCAACAAAUUGGCGGGAUGUCAAUAGUCCAAACGAACCUCUGGGCCCUAAUUGAAUUUGGAAUUGUUAUUAAGACUCCUUCGGCAAUUAACUGUUAAUAGUUGUUGCCAGUUUUAUGUAAAAAAAAUACUUUCGAUUUCUUUGAGACAUUUAGGCAUUAUGGUAAAGAAAAGUAUGGAGUACCCACGGACUUACGAUAUUAGGUUUGUACGGGCUGGAAGUUAUUAUAUUAAACGAAAAUUCGAAGCGUUGGCAUAGGGAUAACAUUAACGGCAUAAUAUGACGUCAUAAUUCUUGAGAACGACCUCGGAUUGAAUUAUUGUUUGCAACAUUUUUGAAAGUUAUAAAGUUUUAACUUGUUGUAUCGUUGAAUCGUAAAUUUAUGAAGCAUUAGAGAACCAGUUUAUAUAGAGAAUAAAAUAUUUCGUAGACGACUGUGAAGUCAGAAACGAUAUUGUCAAGUAGCAUUGUUUUCUUCAAUUUCCCAAUAGCUAUCGAGUCCACUCCGAAAACUAAUGUGUUUAUUUUCAAUUGAGUUAAAUCUUCGUAUAUUUUACAUCGGACUUGACUUCCUCAACGUUGUUUUAACGCUAAAUGCUAAGAUUUGGACGUUGACAUAUUAUGUACCUGCCGAAACAUAACAAAUAUUGAAUUAACAGAACAGCAAUAAAUUGUGUCUUAUAUAAAAUGUAAUAAAGUUGAAAUUAACGGUUUGAUUUUGCAUUUUACAGAUUUAAUCGAAAAUCAUAUAUUUAUAUUGCGGCGCUCGGAUCUGGUUUGAUGCACUACGGCAAGUCGUGAGAUUAUCUUUAAAUCCUAAAUAUUUGGGAUUAUGAGUUAUAUAAAGAGGUGUGAAUUUUAUUAAAAAUACGAUGAAAUUGGAGUGAAAAGCCAUAAACUGUGAUCUUAUACCGUUAUGAAUAACAUUAAUUCGAAUGAAUUUGAAGUAUUGCAUCGCAGAUUCGGGCGUCGUCAGAACGGUUGUAUUGAAUGUGACGGGAUGCGGCGGCGGCAACUUACAUAUAUAUACUAUAUAUUAUACAUAAAUCUAUUUAUACACGCAAAAUGAUCUACGCAGGGGGUCCAAUUUCUGUCUCGCUCUCCUCAAGCCGUCGCCGCGCUCGUGCUAAAGGGACAAACGGUAUUUUUGCUAUGUUCUAUUGAUAUGGCAAAUGACGUCACGGGUCGCGGUCGAAGCUUUCGCGUUUCGCAUUCGGUUUUGAGAGGUCUAGAUUAGCGUAUGUAUAGUUUUAUUUGCGUAAGCUUCGCCGAUCUUUGACGUCCGACACUGUGUGGGCAAGGGUGACUCAGGUGGUGUGGUGUGUGUGAAUGCCUACGGUUGUGUUAUGUAUGUUAGCAUUGUAUUUCUUUUUUUGUUACUAUGUAUAUUUUCCCCCGAGGAUGAGAGGAUUUAUGUUGAGGAAUUUAGGUUUUUUUUCAUGUCCUAUACACUCACAUGCGGGUGCGGCCGCGUUUCUUUUCUUGCGAAUCGUUUGAUAGCCGAUUUUGGAUGUCGCCCACGUGCGAACGUCCAAUGUCCAUGUUUUUCUAUAGUUUUUAAUGAACGAUAUUACGACUCGAGACCUGGGCUGUCGUCAAUUACGCAUUGUAGGAUCUGCCGUCCAUAUGUUUCGGCUCAAGCGAAAGCAAUAUACGCCCUUACGCCUAUACCUUCGAGUGGAGAUACGUGGGUGGAUCAUACGUGGACAACGAAGUGCAACUCGCAUGACCAAACUAGACUCCCUACUGUUUGCUUAUUCUAGUCUUAAAUGUGAAAAGGUUCUGAAGUUUUAAAUGCAGCCAAAUGGUGUUCAGAAGGUUAUUUCAGUUCGUCCACGUAUGUGUGAGCGCAGGUUUCAGAAAGUUAAACGUUGUACGCCCAUUGGCAAUCAUGUGUGGUUUGAUACUAUUUUUUUAUUGGAUCAUCAUUUAUUACACGAGGCUUCGGGUUGGACGAUGCGAAAUUUGCGAGUUAGUCCAUGUAACAAUUGGAACGAAUGUGGAUUGUGAAUUUGUUGUUGAUAGGAUGUGCGCAAGGCGAUAUAACUGUUGCUACUUGACUGCGAAACGGUUCUGUGGGUUGCGCAGUUGAAGCGGGUGGAAGUAUCAUAUAAUGAAAUUGUUCCGUGCGCUAGCUUCAGUGAGCUCUCGCAAGGGCUGGGCUCCAUAUGAACCGUGUCGGUUGAAUAGUUUUGUUGAAGUUAGUAACCAAUUGACCGUUCCGUUAGACGCGCACACCGCGGCCAGGCGCUUGCGAUACCAACAAGAUAAUGUCUCCAGUAAGCUUUAAAUUAUUAAUUAAAGAAAAUUUGAAAGUUU